UCCUCGGGAUUCCGUUAAGAUCCCGACUUUCCUUCAUCUUUUUUCUGGUUCUCCGGGCUGUUUGUGAGCCGCGGAGCUGCCGCGGGUCUCUGCCGGAAUAUAGCGCCUCUCCGCCGGCCCGCAGCAGCAGGUGCGGUCGGUGUCGGACGGGGUUCGGGUUCGGGCUGAAGGCGAAACAUCGGCGCUUUAAUCUCCGGAUUUUAGAUGGAAACCUCGGACAGACGGCGGCGGGAAUCAGCGGAGGGAUUUUCUGUGAUUUCAGUUAGUAAAAUCAGCUUAAAUUAAAUUCACUGCAAGUGAUUUUAGUCCAACCAUCGGCAGAAUAACGCAGGUUAUAGCGACACGGUUCUUACAGCUGAUUGACAGAUUAAAUCUUUAUUUUUUAUACUGACCUUCUCUGCACUAAAAGGAUCCUGUGGGUUCCGGUUCUGCUGAGUCUCAUUUAACGUUAGAGCAGAGGAACCACAUCAGGAACCCUGCAGAUGAGUAAAUAAAAAACACCUUCAUAAUUAAACUGUUUCAUAACCUUGUAAAAAAAGAGAUUUCACAACAUCUGCAGAACCGGUUUAUUUUAUUUUGUCGUAAUUUGCGGUAGUUAAAAAUAAAACAUGUUUUUCUAAAAACACGAGACUUUAGACAUUUACCAUAAAAAACGAAAGGAAAUAUCUUUAGGUUAAAAACAUCCAGUAAAAUGUUCCUUAUUUAAAGGACCUUAAAAAAGAGAUUUCAGAACAUCUGCAGAACCGGUUUAUUUUAAUUCGUGUUUGCUGUUUGUCUUUUAAUCCCCAAAUUCCUAAAAACAUCUGAUGUAGGCCUAUGAGUCAUUUUAAAGUGAUUUUCCUUAAACUACUGUAACCAAAUAUUUACCAAAACCAUCUAUUGUAAAAACUGAUGGACCAAUACUAAAUAUUAAAAAUAAUGCGUUUCUGUGAGGUUAAAAACAUCCAGUAAAAUGUUCCUGUGGGUUCCUGUAAGUUCUGUUUGAAGAACUGCAUCUUUUACCUGAAAACACUGGAGGUGAAACACAUUUAAACGUUCCUGUAAAGUUCCACAGCUUGACAUAUUUUCUCCAGUGUGAUAGUUGUGGACGAGCGUCCUGAUCAGCUCCAGAUCAGUCGCAUCAAUAGUCACUUUUUUGUUUGUUUCACCUGAAACAUUUAGUGUCUUUACCGCCCGAUGACCUCAACACAUCCGAAGAUCUAAAGUAGCUCAACACUGAAGUAUGUUUGGAAAGUUGACGGCUAAAAUAUUUUAACUAGCAUUAAUUUAAUUUUGGACUGAGGUUCAUAAAGCAGCCUGAGUUUACACGGAUCCCUGAGACCACCUGACCCAACUCUGAGACCUGAAGGACUGAAGCUUUUCUGCUGGUCGUCAAAGGUCAAGACGUUUAAACUUCAACAGAAAAACUUUUCAUUAGUUGUUUAUGCGCCGACUCGCUGCCUCUGUCUGAAACACAAUCGUCCACUGAGUUUGUGUGACUUGGCUAACAUUAGGCAGCAGCAGCUAUGGGACGUGUAGCUGGAUGUUGCACAGUUACAGAGACUUCAGCCGUGGACUACAGCUCCCAUCAGCGAUAGGACCUGCAGCAGAUUGGAUGGACACGGAGACGAGCGUCCUUGUGUUGGUACAGGAGAGAGUUCUGGUAGCAGAUGCGACAUCGGCGUCGCACAGGACGGAUCGGACUUCCUGGUUCAAACCUAGAACACGUUCUUUUUCUUCUCUGCGGAUCUUUAACGCUGAGUUUGUAGUUUUAAGCCGACAUGUCGGAUAAGACGGCGCCGCGCUGCCAGCUGAGGCUGGAGUGGAUCCACGGGUACCGAGGCCACCAGUGUCGGAACAACCUGUACUACACCGCGGGAAAAGAGGUGGUGUACUUCGUGGCAGGGGUGGGCGUGGUGUACAACACCCGAGACCACACCCAGAAGUUCUACCUGGGACACAACGACGACAUCAUCAGUCUGGCGAUGCAUCCAGAUAAGAUCCAGGUGGCGACGGGUCAGGUGGGUAAAGACCCGUUCAUCUGUAUCUGGGACACCUACGCCAUGCAGACCGUCUCCAUCCUGAGGGACGUCCACACUCACGGAGUGGCCUGUCUGGCCUUCGACUCUGACGGACAGCGGCUGGCGUCGGUCGGUCUGGACGCCAAGAACACGUUGUGUGUUUGGGAUUGGAGGAGAGGACGAGUCCUCGCCACGGCAACCGGACACUCAGACAGAAUCUUUGACGUGGCCUGGGAUCCGGUUCAGUCCAGCCGUCUGGUCAGCUGUGGAGUCAAACACAUCAAGUUCUGGACUCUGUGUGGAAACGCUUUGACCCCCAAGAGAGGGAUUUUUGGGAAGACGGGCGACCUGCAGACCAUCCUGUGUGUCUCUGCGGCCAAAGACGAGCUGACGUACUCUGGAGCUCUGAACGGAGACGUUUACGUGUGGAGAGGAACCACGCUGAUCAGGACUGUGCAGGCUGCACACGGGGCUGGGAUCUUCAGCAUGCACGCCUGUGAGGAGGGAUUCGCCACCGGUGGACGAGAUGGCUGCAUCCGACUGUGGGACACCGACUUCAAACCCAUCACCAAGAUCGACCUGAGAGAGGCUGAGCAGGGAUACAAAGGUCUUUCGAUCCGCAGUGUUUGCUGGAAGGCCGACCGGAUCCUGGCGGGUACGCAGGACAGCGAGAUCUUCGAGGUCAUGGUCCGAGACCGCGACAAACCGGUUCUGUUGAUGCAGAGUCACAGUGAGGGUGAGCUGUGGGCGCUUGACCUGCACCCCAAACAGCCGGUCGCCGUUACCGGGAGCGACGACCGCUCUGUCAGGCUGUGGAGUCUCCCUGAUCACACUCUGCUGGCUCGCUGUAACAUGGAGGAAUCUGUCCGCAGUGUUUCCUUCAACAACGACGGCUCUCAGCUUGCUCUGGGGAUGAAGGACGGAUCCUUCACAGUGCUGCGUGUCAGGGACAUGACGGAGGUCGUGCACAUCAAGGACAGGAAGGAGGUGAUCCAUGAACUGAAGUUUUCACCAGAUGGUUCCUUCCUGGCGGUGGGAUCAAACGACGGGCUGGUGGACGUCUAUGCCGUCGCCCAGCGGUACAAGAAGGUGGGGGAGUGCAGUCGCUCUGCCUCCUUCAUCACCCACUUGGACUGGUCAGUCGACAGCCGCUUCCUGCAGACCAACGAUGGCGCCGGAGAGCGGCUCUUCUAUAGGAUGCCAGCGGGUAAGCUGCUAUCUAAAGAGGAGGCAAAGGGGAUCCACUGGAUGACAUGGACAGGCGUUGUCGGGACGGAGGUGAACGGCAUCUGGCCCAAAUACUCCAACGUCACCAAUGUGAACUCUGUGGACGCCAACUACAGCAGCGCCGUGCUGGUUACAGGAGACGACCUCGGCCUGGUCAAACUCUUCAAGUUCCCCUGCCCAAAGAAAGGAGCCAAAUUCAAGAAGUACAUCGGUCACUCUGCCCAUGUGACAAAUGUUCGCUGGUCCAACGACCUGCAAUGGGUCGUCAGCACCGGUGGUGCCGACCAUGCUGUCUUCCAGUGGAGGUUUCUUCCCGAGGGCGUCAUGAACGGCGUCCUGGAGCCUCUCCUCCAAGAGGGUUACGCUGACUCCAACAGUGGAGAGUCGGACUCAGAUGUCUCGGACGUCCCGGAGCUCGACUCGGACAUCGAACAGGAAGCUCAGACCAGCUACGAGCGUCAGGUGUACAAGGAGGACCUGCCUCAGCUGAGGAAGAAGCUGAUUGGUUCCCUGAAGCGGCAGAAAGCUCCGGAGGAGGGGCUUCGUCUGCAGUUUGUUCACGGGUAUCGAGGCUUUGACUGUCGUAACAACCUGUUCUACAGUCAGGCAGGGGAGGUGGUGUACCAUGUGGCCGCCGUUGCCGUCGUUUACAACCGGCUGCAGCACAGUCAGAGGUUUUACCUCGGCCACGACGACGACAUCCUCAGCCUCACCGUGCACCCGCUCAAAGACUACGUGGCCUCUGCACAGGUGGGCAGAGACCCGGCCGUCCACAUCUGGGACAUCCAGACUCUGAAGUGUCUGUCGCUGCUGAAGGGACACCACAGCAAAGGAGUGUGUGCCCUGGAGUUCACAGCGGACGGGAAGAGUUUGAUCUCUGUGGGAAUCGAUGAAUUUCACUCGAUCGUCAUCUGGGACUGGAAGAAAGGCGAGAGACUGGCCAAGGCCAGGGGCCACAAAGACAAAAUCUUCGUGGUGAAGAGUAACCCGUUCAGGAUGGACAAACUGGUGACUGUCGGCAUGAAACACAUAAAGUUCUGGCAACAUUCAGGCGGCGGUCUGACGUUUAAACGGGGGAUUUUCGGGAACCUGGGGAAGCAGGAGACGAUGAUGUCGGCGUGUUAUGGCCGAUCGGAGGACCUGGUGUUCUCCGGAGCCACCAACGGAGACGUUUACAUCUGGAGAGACACGACGCUCAUCAAGACCAUCAAAGCCCACGACGGCCCCGUGUUCGCCAUGUGCUCCCUGGACAAGGGUUUUGUGACGGGAGGGAAGGACGGCGUGGUGGAGCUCUGGGACGACAUGUUUGAGAGAUGUCUGAAGACGUACGCCAUCAAGAGAGCCGCUCUCUCUCCGUCAUCUAAAGGUCUGCUGCUGGAGGACAACCCGUCGAUCAGAGCCAUCACUCUGGGUCACGGUCACAUCCUGCUGGGAACAAAGAACGGAGAAAUCCUCGAGAUCGACAAGAGCGGACCCAUGACGCUGCUGGUUCAGGGUCACAUGGAGGGCGAGGUGUGGGGUUUGGCGGCUCAUCCUCUACUUCCUAUUUGCGCCACCGUCAGCGACGACAAAACUCUGAGGAUCUGGGAGCUGUCGGCCAAUCACCGCAUGGUCGCCGUCCGCAAACUCAAGAAGGGUGGGCGGUGCUGUGCCUUCUCUCCUGACGGUAAAGCUCUGGCCGUCGGCCUGAAUGACGGCAGCUUCCUGGUGGUGAACGCCGACACGCUGGAGGACAUGGUGACCUUCCACCACCGCAGGGAGCUCAUCUCAGACAUACGAUUCUCCCAAGAUGCAGGGAAGUACCUGGCCGUGGCGUCCCAUGAUUCCUUUGUGGACAUUUACAACGUUCUGACCAGUAAGAGAGUCGGCAUCUGUAAAGGAGCCGGCAGCUACGUCACACACGUUGACUGGGACUCCAGAGGUAAACUGCUGCAGGUGAACACUGGAGCUAAAGAGCAGCUGUUCUUUGAGGCUCCGCGAGGACGCAAACAGAACAUCAGCGUGGCCGAGUUCGAGAAGCUGGACUGGGCCAGCUGGACGUCUGUUCUGGGUCCAACCUGUGAGGGAAUAUGGCCGACGCUCAGCUUCGUCAACGCCGCCUCGCUCACCAAAGAUCGCAAACUGCUCGCCACCGGAGACGACUUCGGCUUCCUCAAACUGUUCAGCUUCCCGUCCAGGGGCCAGUUUGCCAAGUUUAAGAAGUACGUGGGUCACAGCACCAACGUGACCAACGUCCGCUGGUCUAAUGACGACUCCGUGCUGCUGUCGGUGGGCGGGGCCGACACGGCGCUGAUGAUCUGGAGCCGAGAGCCGCCGGGUCACAAAGAGAGCAAAGCUGUGGACAGCGAGGAGUCGGACGACGACACAGAGGAGGACGGAGGGUACGACAGCGACGUGGCACGGGAGAAGGUGGUGGACUACAUCACCAAGAUCUACUCUGCCAGCAUCAGGAACAUGUCAGGAACCAGACCUCACCUGCAGCUCAAGGAGCCUCCGGUGGAGGAGAGGCCUCCCGUGAGUCGAGCUGCACCGCUGCCUGACAAGCUGCUGAGGAACAAUGUGACCAAGAAGAAGAAAGUGGUGGAGGAGCUGCUGCUGGAGCACGUCUUCGGCUACCGAGGCUUCGACUGUCGCAACAACCUGCACUACCUCAACGACGGCGCUGACAUCAUCUUCCACACCGCCGCCGCCGUGGUCAUCCAGAACCUGUCCUCCGGAACCCAGAGUUUCUACCUGGAGCACACCGACGACAUCCUCUGUCUGACUGUCAAUCAGCACCCGAAGUACCAAAACAUCAUCGCCACGGGACAAAUCGGUGACAUCACUGACCUGCCAGGCCUUGCUCCAUCCAUCCAUGUGUGGGAUGCAAUGACCAAGCAGACGCUGUCCAUCCUCCGCUGUUCCCAUGCUAAAGGUGUCGGCUACGUCAACUUCAGCGCUACAGGAAAGCUGCUGUUGUCUGUGGGGGUGGAGCCUGAACACACCAUCACAGUGUGGAGGUGGCAGGAAGGUACCAAGGUAACCAGUAAAGGCGGACACGCUGAGCGGAUCUUUGUGGUCGAGUUCAGACCGGACUCUGACACCCAGUUUGUGUCAGUGGGAAUCAAACACAUCAAGUUCUGGACUUUGGUCGGAGGUUCGCUCGUGUACAAGAAAGGAGUGAUCGGCUCGGUGGAGGACGGCCGCAUGCAGACCAUGCUGUCCGUCGCCUUUGGUGCUAACAACCUGACGUUCACCGGCGCUAUAAACGGAGACGUGUACGUAUGGAGGGAGCACUUCCUGGUACGAGUGGUGGCGAAGGCGCACAGCGGUCCGGUCUUCACCAUGUACACCACCCUGAGGGACGGACUCAUCGUCACUGGGGGGAAGGAACGGCCGACUAAAGAGGGCGGUGCGGUGAAGCUUUGGGAUCAAGAGAUGAAGCGUUGCAGAGCAUUUCAGCUAGAGACCGGCCAGCCGGUGGAGAACGUCCGAUCCGUCUGCAGAGGGAAGGGUAAAAUCCUGGUGGGAACCAAAGAUGGAGAGAUCAUUGAGGUUGGAGAAAAGAACGCUGCCUCCAACACCAUGAUCAACGGACACACUCAAGGAGGGAUCUGGGGUUUGGCGACUCACCCUUUCAAAGACGUCUUUAUCUCUGCGAGCGAUGACGGCACCAUCCGAAUAUGGGACCUGGCUGAUAAGAAACUUCUGAACAAGGUGAAUUUGGGUCAUCCUGCCAAGUGCACCUCCUACAGUCCCAACGGAGAGAUGGUUUCCAUCGGCAUGGAGAACGGAGAGUUCAUUGUCCUGCUUGUCAACUCCCUCACCGUCUGGGGAAAGAAGAGAGACCGCAGCGUCUCCAUCCAGGACAUCCGGUUCAGUCCAGACAACCGGUUCUUGGCAGUGGGUUCAGUUGAAAGUGCUGUGGAUUUCUACGACCUCUCUCUGGGGCCGUCCCUUAACAGGAUCGGCUACUGUAAGGACAUCCCUGGCUUCGUCAUCCAGAUCGACUUCUCUGCCGACAGCAAAUAUAUCCAGGUGUCCACCAGCACCUACACUCGGCAGGUGCAUGACGUUCCCUCGGGCAAGAUUGUCACAGAGCAGUCUGUCAUGGAGAGGAUCACCUGGGCUACCUGGACGAGCAUCCUGGGUGAUGAGGUUCUUGGCGUUUGGCCUCGUAACACUGAGAAGGCGGACGUUAACUGUGCUUGUGUUUCCCACGCCGGCCUCAACCUGGUGACCGGAGACGACUUCGGCCUCAUCAAGCUCUUUGAUUUCCCAUGCUCAGAAAAAUUUGCAAAACACAAGCGUUACUUUGGUCACUCUGCUCACGUGACAAACAUUCGCUUCUCCUGUGAUGAUAAGUAUGUCAUCAGCGCUGGAGGCAGUGACUGCAGUUUAUUUGUGUGGAAAUGUCAGUGAGAUCUCCAAAACCCUGAGGAGGUCACCUGAGUCCUCCGUCAGAGUCUCCUUCUUCUUCUUCUUCUUCUCCUGUGAUGCUGCACUCACCUCUGCUGACGCUUCAGUCCCUUUACCUGAGAUCACACAGGGCAGGAGAAACAAACUGCGUCUGAGUGUUUAAAUCUGCACAAGCUGCUGCUGACAGACUCAAACCUGUGACAUGUCUGCUGCGGGACGCUCUGUUCCUCCGCCAGCGGUCUUUGUUGUGACGUAGGUCUUCUUGUACAUUCAGAUAUAUUUAAUGUGAAACUGAAGAGCAAGCGUUAUAUUUCAGGUCUCUGUGUACAAACGUUUAAAUGUUGGUAACUUUGUCAAAAAUAGAUCCAAAAAGAUGAGCACGGUGCAGAUAUUCAGUUUGACCUCUUUAAAAGCACUCGUAGCUGUUUAACGUAGCUGUUUCUGUUUGUCAGUAUGUGCCUUUUUCACAAACUCUGACCAAACAUUUGAUACAACUUUAUUUAUAAUCGUGGUGCUAUCAAACGUGAUCAUUUAGGGCUCUUUACAUGUAUGGAUGAUGAAUACUGUAGUUGUAUUGUUUUGUAUCUCGUACUGUCUGAUGAUGAUGAUGAUGAUGACGAAGAUGCAGUUAUACUUCACUGUACUGAGAAGGCUACUAAAGUGAAGUAGAAAAAAGGUGUUAAAAUAAAAACUAGUUUGUUUAAUAUUGUUUUAAAAAAGUAAAAGAAUUCUACCUCUAACUACAAUAAAGUGAAACGAAAUAACAAUAAUAAAUAUUUAAGGUAGAAAAUAGAUAUUUACUAGAAUGACAUUUUCAUUGAGCAGUCCUGUCCACCAGAUGGCGCUGUGUUUUCUCUGUUACUUGUGUCCUGUAGAAAUAAAACCUGCUUUUGAACAUCUGAA